CAUCUGCUUCGUCCCCUUGUUCGUCCGCCUUCUCCACCAACAACAAUCAGUGCAACACCCGAGCGCACCGCACCCUCCUUUGUUCCUUUUCUCUCAGCUUGCAUUGCCUGCGAUUCCCUCCGCUCGUCUGUCUUUACCUCUCACCAACUGCUCUCCUCUCUCACAGUUGCUGUGCCGAGCUAUUCGUGCCAGAAGGUUCAUUUUCCUCUCUUAUCAUCACCCUAUAACCUUGCCCACAAGGCGGACAGCAGUAGCGCUCCGAGGCCUUGAGAAUUAAUCACAGGUCAUCCUCCGUCAUCACGUCUUGAACUCACCACGACGGUGGCGAAGCCCUCUCAACACAUAUAGAACGUGCUGCACCCUCCUUUCUGAUCGUUUCGAUCUUUGUCCCCGCAUUCGAAUUUUGAUCUCGACGCAAUAUCCCUCCUUAGUAACAAGUCUAAGGACUCAAACAAUGUCUCGCAAAUAUUCUCGCUCUGCGCUUACUAUUGUCGCGGGCGUCUGCUUUACCGCUCUCGUCUAUCUCUCCUCUCCAUACUCCCCACCACCGCCACCAGCCUUCUUCCGAAGCGGUCCCGGGCCGCAUAGGCCUUGGGGACUUGGCUUCGGUUUCGGUGAGGGGGGUAGCAGAGGACCAAGUCUGUUGAAGAGGUGGCUGUGGGAGGAGGACGAGAGGUACCAAGAAAGUGUCAGGGAGAGGCAGGAGUUGAUUGAGAAGUGGGGCCCUGGAGAGGGGCAAGUCGACCCAUUCCCCUCGCAUGGCGAGUUCUACACCCUGUGGGAUUACUUUAUCCCGUCGUUCCAGUGCCCUCAUCGGGUCGAGCGUAUCGGUAUGCGUGGGGAUGGUGGUAAGUGGGUCUGUGGCAUGGAUCGUGUCGCUGAGCAGCAGGAAUGUGUGAUCUACUCGUUUGGCAUAAAUGGAGAAUCAUCAUUUGAAGCCGCCUUGCUCGAGCGCGCGCCUGGCUGUCAAGUUUGGGGGUACGACUUCAGCGUCAACGAGUUCGGUCCGGAGAUCGAACUCAUUCCUUCUCUUCAGAAACGGUCACACUUCCUCUCCGCUGGAUUAGCUGGCGAAGACAAGGCUUCGGAGUACGACAAUCCGAAGUUCUACACGCUUCAGUCGCUCAUGGAGAUGAACAACCACACCUUCAUCGACAUCCUAAAAAUCGAUAUCGAAGGCGCCGAAUUCGAAGCUCUCGCUGCUCUCGUCAAGGCCUACGCAACAGCACCGCCGCCGCCGCCACCGCACCCUUUCCCUCCAUCAAACCCUCCUGACUCGUCCGACCUCGAUCAUCACCACCAUCCCCACGAUGCAUCAUUCCCACCGCCUCCUCCGCCGCUCACAGUCCUUCCCUUCGGCCAACUGCAGAUCGAGAUCCACGCGAGGCAUGGACAUGAAAAGUUUGCUGAGUUUGCGCGGUGGUGGAAGGAUCUUGAAGAGGCGGGCUUGAGGCCGUUUUGGACGGAACCGAAUUUGGUGUAUGUGAAUUUGGUGAGGGGGGUUGGGCCGGAGUUGGCUGAGUAUUCGUUUAUGAAUAUCCGGGGAGAGCAUGCGCUCGUAUCCGACUUCUACUAAGCUGUGGAAUUGGCGUCCGUCUGGGUGACAGAAGGACGUUGAUGUGUUCUUGCGUUCAUCGGUCGUGUGCAUCGGACUUUUUUCUUUCUCGGAAUUCACCACCUUUCAUACCAUUUCGAUCUCGUCCGCCCUCUACUCCUUGCAUCUUCUUGCUCUUCCCAUACCCUCAUUCCCCAUCCAUUACCCCUCUCAUCCCCCCACGUCUGGCUGCCUCGGCCACUACGUCCCUCAUCACUCCCCCUCUCGACAAUACAACCAUUUGUCAUACUGUAUCCUAUCCUCACUGUGCUUAACAGACCCCGCUCACUACCCACUGCUCUAAUCGUUUCAUAUACCUUCCCCCUUCCCCCUUCCAUCUUUUCUCUAUGUCCAUGGACUGCUCUCUACAGCCUGCUACCUACUUUUAUGCCCGGCCUGGAGCUGAAUAUUGGACACCGUGACUGAGGCGUCUUUUCUCUUCUUUCGUAGCCUCAUUCUACCUAUCCCUGCCUACCUAUGAAUGUCUGUCUAGAUAUUUCAUGGACUUCUUGACAUUUAGAUUUUCUCUGUAUACUUUUGCUUAUGCAGCUUCCCUAACUUACUGAAACAUUAUGAGUGGUUGGCACAUUGGUGCCGCAACG